GCUCCUCUGCUAGUCCUCGGCCCCACUGAGAGGGGCAAACUCCGGCAUGUGUGCGUUUGUGCGCCGUUAAAACCAACAGCUUGUUUUAUUUCCCCGGUGCUUAGCUGAAUAUAAAUGGGAGGCAGGAUUCAUGUCUGCUGUUCUAGAGCAACAGCUGUGAACACGCUGUCAGAUAAGUAGCUCGCUAGCUAGCCGCUGCUAACCGCUUAUGUGUUGCUAACAGCUAGCUAACCAUUUGGCUUUUUGUUUGUGACUGAGGCGCUGUCGCAGUUUGUGAAUGUGUCUUUGUUUACGUAAGAAAUGACGUUUUGAAGCUAAUACAGCUGUUCGUUCAUUCGGGGGGACCAAUGCGGCCCAUAGAUGAGUGUACAUGCAGUUGUGAGUGUUGACACAGCAGUGUAGGUAGCCAUCCUGUCCUGUUUGCUAGCUGUGUAUCAGUCAGCCUGCUAGCCACGUAAACUGCUCCUGCUUGGUGUUGACGUAGCAGGAGCAGCUAGCUCGUCUGUCAUGUCGAGCUAGUUCAAUGGUACAUGAACUAGAGGCGCCCAUUCAUCGACAGUCUGCCCUAAUAAACUGAGACCUCUUGGAGACAUGAACCAGUGUGACUCAACAUGCUGUAGCCGGACCUGAACGUGCGGCUCGCCGGGUUGUGGGUCCUGUUGCAUUGAGCGGAUAAUGAAGCGGGUCAUCUGGCUGAUAUCAGGAUUAAACAGAAGAAUGAUGAAGCUUCUCUUUGCCCUCGCUUUGAUCGCCUACAUUGCCUCUGUCUGGGGAACAUAUACGAACAUGAGAUCAAUACAAGAACACGGAGAAAUGAAGAUUGAGCAGAGAAUUGAUGAAGCUGUGGCUCCCCUCAGAGAGAAGAUUCGUGAUCUGGAACAAAGUUUUUCUCAGAAAUACCCACCCGUGAAAUUCCUGUCAGAAAAGGAUCGGAAGAGAAUUUUGAUCACUGGUGGGGCUGGUUUUGUGGGUUCCCACCUGACUGACAAGCUGAUGAUGGAUGGCCAUGAGGUGACUGUGGUGGACAACUUCUUCACAGGAAGGAAAAGGAAUGUCGAGCAUUGGAUCGGCCACGAAAACUUCGAGCUCAUCAAUCAUGAUGUGGUGGAGCCUCUCUAUAUUGAGGUGGACCAGAUCUAUCACCUGGCGUCUCCAGCCUCUCCUCCCAAUUACAUGUACAAUCCCAUCAAAACACUCAAGACUAACACCAUUGGCACUCUUAACAUGCUUGGUUUGGCCAAACGUGUGGGCGCCAGACUACUCCUGGCUUCUACUUCUGAGGUUUAUGGAGAUCCAGAGGUACACCCACAGAAUGAGGAGUACUGGGGCCACGUGAAUCCAAUCGGUCCUCGUGCAUGCUACGAUGAGGGGAAACGUGUAGCAGAGACCAUGUGUUAUGCAUACAUGAAACAGGAAGGAGUAGAGGUGAGGGUGGCAAGAAUCUUCAACACGUUUGGCUCCCGAAUGCACAUGAACGAUGGACGAGUCGUCAGCAACUUCAUCCUGCAGGCUCUACAGGGAGAACCUCUUACUGUGUAUGGUACUGGUUCCCAAACAAGAGCCUUUCAAUAUGUAAGUGAUCUGGUGAACGGCCUGGUGUUGCUGAUGAACAGUAACAUCAGCAGUCCAGUCAAUCUGGGGAACCCAGAGGAACACACCAUAUUGGAGUUUGCUCUUCUCAUCAAAAGUCUAGUCGUGAGCCGAAGUCAGAUCCAGUUCCUUCCAGAGGCCCAGGACGACCCACAGAGGAGAAAACCUGAUAUCCGAAAAGCCAAGAUGAUGCUCGGCUGGGAGCCGGUGGUGCCCCUGGAGGAGGGCUUGAACAAAACGAUCCAGUACUUCAGCAGGGAGCUGGAGCACCAGGCCAACAACCAGUACAUCCCCAAACCUAAAGCCGCCCGCAUGAAGAAAGGAAGACCCAGACACAACUGAGGUCGAGUUUUCCACCACUGACUCUCCCAGAACACAGAAGGAUGAUAAGACUCCUCAAAGGACCCUGGCAGAGCAACUCUGUGAAACACACUGUUGAGUAGAGCACUCUUGCAGGUGGUGUCUAUUUUUAUUUUGGAAGCAGAGACAACUUUCUCCUUAAAAAGUGUUGCGUUGCCUUGCGUUGGAGCUGCACUGCAGGAAAAAAGCUUUCCAAAACAGAGCUUGCGUGUUGGAUGGACAGGCUUGAAUCUAAAACAGAAACAUGAGGCAAGAAUUCUGAAACAGAGCCUGAACUUUUUUUUUUUUUUUUUUUUGUGAAUUUGUGCUUUUGUUAUUUAAAUUGCAGCCGUGAGAAUCUUGAAAACAACUGAAACUGUGCACCAGUGCUUUGUGUUUAUUUUAUCAGUUUCAUGUUGUUUUGUCUCCAGAGAUACAGAGCGCCCUGACUUUGUUUUUCCACUGGACGUUUUGUCCUGUUGUCAGUGGCGUGUCAACACCCCUGUUGGCGGUUUACGCAGCACGCUGCAGGACCAGAAAGACUGUUACAGCAUCUUUUACAUGUUUAUCAGAAUGUCGUGUUCUAAUUUGUGAAAUCUCAUGUCGGGAUGUGCGUUAUGAAAUUCAGAUGAAGAUGCUAUUUUAAUAAAAUAUUUCC